AUGUCCCAAUUCGGAAAGUUCCAUGAUUUUUGUCGCGAUUCAACACUACCAGUGUGUAAUUUAUUCUUCUUGACUAGCGACAACAGCACUGCCGGGCCCAUCGACCGUAGCUGCGAGCUGAGGGGCUUCAUAGCCAAUGGUGAACCUUUAAGAAACCUUGGUUCGAUAAUAUUGUGCGGCUUCGCACUCGUUGCUGUUGUCUACUUAGUAUGGAGAUCGGAGAGAAAACAAGCUGCCGUCGGUCGGCGAGAAAUGCAAACUUUCCUGUUGAUGUACGGGAUCGUUUCGCUUGCUGAAAUAUUCUCUGUGGGAGGAUUUUUGAACAAUGCUACAGUUCUGAAAUGGUUUUCGUCAAUACAUAUCGCAGCGAUCGCAACCACGUGCUGGAUACUUCUCUUGAAUGCAAUCGUUGGAUACCAGCUUCUAGAUGAUGGAACUAUAUUAUCACUGAGUCUUUUCUUCGUUUCGGGGGCCAUGAUAUUCAUUGGCACAGGCUAUAUUGCUCUCGAUACUGGAUUCGGCUACACCGACACAUUUAAACCCGAUGCCGACUACAAAAACUAUGGACUCUAUGUCCUGUAUCUACUCUUCCCGAUCGUCUGCUUAGCCGGCUACUUUAUUCUCGAGAGCAUACUCGUUCUCAGAGUCUUGGGUGAAACUCGGCCCAUGCUGCUACUAGGAGGGGCGGCCGUACUCUUCGCCAUCGGACAAGUUUUCACAUUCGUCAUCAGCGUGCACCUCUGCAAUGCCGCAGACGGAAGAAUCGACGGUGCCCUAUUCGAAACCCUAUUCACAUUAUUGGCAGUGAUCACACUGUGGGCUUUCUGGUCGAGCAUUACAGAAGACACAUGGGUAGACGAACCCCUAAAUCCAUCGAUGUCAGAUGCAGAUUACAGCACACAUCGCUCCGGGCGAUUCGAUUCUCAAUACGCCUGA